GCAGCAGCUGGACGAGUCGCUGCGGCCGACCGCCUCGUACGAGACGGUGGUCACGCUGCACGUGCCGCCGCGGCCCGCGCGAGCUACCGGCGCCGUGCCCAAGAGGCGCUCCAGAAGGACCUCCGUCUCGCUGCCCGCCGGCCUCGACGUCAUGGACUCUCCCGACCUGCAGCUGACACCCACCACGUCGCAUGACGGCGACCUGAGCGACAGCUCCUUCACGGACGGCGACCUGACGCCCGGCAAUGGCGGCACAGCAACGGGUACCGGCACUGAAGACUCAGACACCGACACCGACUCCGCCAAGUCGCCGGUUCGACGCGUGCGACGAAAGUCUGCGGCGCCGCCCUCGGACGUCCGAGUCGACGACAUCGACUACCUGGAUGUGCCGGAGCUGUCGCCGGGAAACUCCAUCACCAGCAACACGAGUAUUGCUAGCCUGCUCAAGGAGAAGAUCGCGCUCUCGUUCCCCGCCUACCUAAAGAAGAGGAAGCCGCCACGCGAGUACAAACUGAAGGCGUUCGUCAGUUUCUUGUUCCUGUGCAUCGUUUUCCUGGUCGGUUUCGCAUAUGUAAUGUAUGACAAGCACGUCCUCCAGCGUGCGUACUUCGAGCGGAUGCGCUACAACAAGGAGGAGAGGCAGGUGCGCAUCUUCGACGAGUCAGAGCGCGAGCUGGUGGUGGGGCGGCUGGGGCUGGAGCUGGGGCUCGGCCCGGCCUACGAGUGCCUGGAGAGGGACCGGCGAGACGCCGCCGCCGUCUGCAUGGAGUGGCCGCGCCGCGCCCGCCUCCACUGGCGCUACAGCGAACCACAGCAGGAGCCCAACGCCGUGCGCUGCUACCGCCUCUCCUGGCAGGCGCUCAACACGCAGCCCGUCCCGCGUGACUGCUACCAGUUGGGUGACGCCAACUGGUACGGCGCAGGGCACGUGGCGGGGAAGCUGUGGCCGUUGCCCCAAGGGCUGUCCCUCAACUGCUCGCCCUUCGUCACUGGAGGCGGGCCUCAUCCGUGGGGGAAUGUGCUCAGCAGGUACUUCCUGAGCUCUGCCGGCGUGAGCAUCUCCGUGGACGCGGGCACGCCGCUGUACGUGUCGCUCAACGCCAGCGGCGACGGCGCCCUCUGCCUCGAGGGCCAGCACGACAAGUUCGCUUACCACCGCGCAGGCGCGGGGUCGGAGGCGCCGCCGCCGGCGCAGCUCAACUACACGGUGUGCACGGCUGCCAACAUGCGCGACCUGCACUCCUUCCUGGCCGACAAGAACAUGUGGGACGGCAUGCGCGACCAGGACCGCGAGCUGGUCGACGCGCUCAUCUCGGAGCCCGUGUGGCAGAUCGCGCCGCCCGCCGCAGACCUGCUCACCGAGGCCGCCGUCUACAACUACACCGAGGAGGUGAUCGCGCUGCCCUUCCUGCGCCAGGGACACGUCAUGCUCAACUCGCUCUGGCAGGCGCACGCCGGUGACCUGGAGCUGGACGCGGAGCGGUUCGCGACGUGGGAGGAGACGUUCGACAUCCUGCAGCGGCGCGGCUUCGGCCUGGUGCUGGGCGUGCAGCCGUUCGUCAGCACGGAGUCGGCGCACUUCGCCGAGGCGGUGCGGGCGCGCCUGCUGGUGGCGCAGAGGGACACGCCCUACUACGUGCCCGCGCUCGUCGCCCGCGGCCCGGGGCUGCUCAGCGCCGGCGUGCUCGACGUCACCAACAACCACACCGUGGCGUGGCUGCAGCAGCGGCUGCGGGGCGUGCAGGAGCGCUACCACGUGACGGCUUUCUACCUGGAGGUGGGCACCGCCACGGACCAGCCGCAGUUCUACCAGUACUCGCGGCCGCUCUACUCUCCCGACGAGUACAAGACCGUCUUCACCGAGAGCGUGCUGCGCGCCGGCUGUCCCGUCGUCGGCGUCACCGGUGCCGUGCGGCGGCCGCGGGCGCCGGUGUUCGUGUCGCUGCCGCUGGCCGCAGGCACGUGGGCGGCGCUGCAGUCGGUGAUCCCGGCCAUGCUGGCGUACGGCGUGGCGGGCUACCCGCUGGUGAUGCCGGGGGCGGCGGGCGGAGACCUGCAGGCAGAGGGCGCGGACGGCGGCGAGCCGGACCGCGAGCUGUACGCCCGCUGGCUGCAGCUGGUGCACUUCCUGCCCGUGGUGCGCUACCGCCUGCUGCCCAGCGCCUACGACGAGCAGCUCGUCGACGUCGCCAAGGAGCUGACCGCACUGCGCGCCAAGACGGUUACUCCAGUGUUGAAGAAGUUCACAGAAAUGGCCCUGGUGUCAGGCCUACCAGUCAUCCGACCUCUGUGGAUGUUGGAUCCAGCAGAUCACACCUGUCAUCGUGUGCUCGAUCAGUUCUCUGUUGGUGAUGAGAUACUUGUAGCACCAGUACUGGAGCCUGGUGCUGUGCAUCGAGAAGUCUACCUUCCUGCAGGUGUCUGGAGAGAUGGAAUUGAUGGAAGCCUGCGCAAGGGCAGUCGCUGGCUGCACCAUUACCAUGUUAGCCCUGACCACAUUGCCUACUUUAUGAAGAUGCCAGACAACACUCGGUUUUAAUGUUCUCAUAUCAUUUUACCAUGAUGAUUGAUGAAGAACUUCAUAAAAAUGGUCUCCUUGCUUGGAAGAGUACAAAUGAAUAAAAAGCAUGAUGUAAAAAUAUUACUCAAAAUGUAAUGAGAGGAGUUCUCAGACUGCUCAGAGUGAUUUCAUUUCUUUCACAAGUUAAGGGGAAGUAUAUCAAAAGCAUGAAGUGCCUUCUAUAUGAAUGCUCUAAACAGUUUUUGAUAGUGUAACAAUUUUGUCUGAUGUCAUGUUAUUUGGUAGUGUUUUACAUAGCAUCUCAAGACUUCAAAUGUUUGUUAGGAACUUAAAGCAUUCCAUAUCAUGUACCUGAAAUGGUGGUGUGCUACUCAGGAAUAUGUGUGUCUUCAGCUCUCCUGUCUCCUAGAUUAUGUUGAUAUAUGUAAUUUUAAAUAUGUCUUUUGUAGAAAAAUCCAGAUCAAGAAUAUUAGUUAUGCACGGGAGAUGUCAUCACCCCUCUUUUACAGAAACCAAGAAAAUAAAUGAGACAACAGAAUCUCAUGAACUGACAUGAAGUGACAUGAAGUUUUGUUGUUUAGCUCUCACUAGGCACUGGUUCAAAUCUGAGAACAGAUAAUGGAAGAUUCUUCUAUGAAGCAUGCAAAAACAAUGUUUCUGCUAACAAUUACAGUGACCACAUUAAAAGUUCACUGUUAGGUUUCUACUUGGACUGUUGGUCUAGUUUUCAUGAAACACUAAUGAAGCAAUUACAUAAUAUUUUUACACUUUAAAGUCAUUAGCAUUUUUAAGAAGUUUUACUAUAAUGAGAGUGGCAUUGUUUUUAUUAUGAACCAAGAGACUGGGACUGGAAAAUACUUAUGUGCUUGUUACAUAUCUGUGAUAGUUGAUGUUUCAUUGGUGACAUGAAUUGUUUUCAUAAUUAUUGUUACAUAUGAUAAAAUAUAAAUGCAAAAGACAACUACACAGAAAGUGUAGUUUCAUAUUUGCUAUCAGAAGUCAGACAAGUGAGAAAGUUUGCUGUAGUGUUUAAACCUUCCAUCAGAUAUAUGCACAGAAUAUUUAAACUAUAAUACCCUGUUAUUUUUAAAUGCUAAACAUUACUCAAAGUAAAAUGACUUAGUGAAAUAAGAACCUUGUAAGAGUUGUAACUGAAGAGUCUUAUACUCCUCAGAAAAUGAACUGUGAAAGUUAGCAUAUUCACAAAUAUAUUUUUUUAAAAAUUAGAGAAAAUGUUCUAAAAGACACAGCAAUUAUACUACAUGGAUAUGUUAAUCAUUUUGAUGUAGCUUCAAGUUUUAAUUUCAUCUGUCACUGAAGAGUCUUAAUUUUUGAACACUGUGACAUAGUAUUAUAAAUAUAUUGAAAGUCAUAGGCAAAUAUAUGACAAUUUUGUUCCUCUAA